AAAGUCCUCCACUCCCCUACUCCGGCUUCAACUAUAUCUCUCCGGCGGCACGUGGAAACAAUAGCAGACUGCCUGCACUUUGUCUGUCGGAGGCAAUAUUUUGCUACCCGUCCGUGUGAGCCUCUUUGGCUAUGUCGCGAGGACAAAUGCUGUCACCUGUAGCGCACCUCGACUCUCCAUAAAAACCUCGCGUGGAGCAAGAAAACUCGGAACAUUCACCGACAAUGACUGCUUGAGUUGCACUCUUACUAGCGCCGCUGUCAGCCUCCCCCUCCCUACUUUCCUCCUCUUCUCCCCCACUUUGAGUUGCUGCACACCAGUAUGGUGGAUAAAGGCCCCUUGUUGACUUCUGCCAUUAUUUUCUACCUGUCCAUCGGGGCAGCAAUUUUUCAAGUCCUGGAGGAGCCCAAUUGGAAGAAGGCCGCACAGCACUAUAGACUCCAGAAGGAAAAAAUACUUAAGGACUAUCCCUGUCUGAAGGAAAAAGACUUGGAGAAAAUAUUGCAGAUAGUUUCCAAUGCUGCUGGCCAAGGAGUCACUAUAACUGGAGACAAGACUUUCAACAACUGGAACUGGCCAAAUGCUGUCAUCUUUGCUGCCACAGUCAUAACUACUAUAGGAUAUGGAAACAUUGCUCCCAAAACAUCAGAAGGUCGUGUGUUUUGCAUCUUCUAUGGUCUAUUUGGUGUGCCUUUGUGCCUUACGUGGAUCAGCGAGCUUGGGAAGUUCUUUGGUGGAAGAGCCAAGCACUUUGGUCAAUUUCUAACCAAGAGAGGAUUUUCACUGAGAAAGGCUCAGUUUACCUGUACGGCAAUUUUUCUCCUCUGGGGAGUGCUAUUUCAUUUAUUCCUUCCACCUUUUGUGUUCAUGUCUCAGGAAGGUUGGACGUAUAUUGAAGGCUUGUACUUCUCAUUUGUCACCUUAACCACAAUUGGAUUUGGUGACUUGGUUGCAGGUGUGGAGCCCUCCAAAGAGUACCCCACACUAUACCGAUACUUUGUGGAGGUUUGGAUUUAUCUGGGGCUGGCUUGGCUUUCUUUGUUCUUCAACUGGAAAGUGCGAAUGGUGAUCGAGGCUCACAAAGCACUAAAGAAACGGCGCAAGCUGCGGAAGCUAUCCCUCGAUGAGUUGCGGCACUAUAAGGAGUCCCACAAAGCUUCACUUCGUUUGCCACCCACUCCUAAUGAUGUCAACAUCUUCAGCUUCCUGUCCAAGAAGCAGGAAGGCUACAAUGACUUGAUCAAGCAGAUUGGCACUAAAAGUGAUGAAAAACUCCAUGCCAGCGCAGGGAACGCCAUCCAAAAAGCCAAGGCCAAAGCAAAAGACAUGACUCGCUCCAAGAGCUGCAAUGAUACUCCUAUGUUUAACGGUCCCACCAUCCUCAGUUUAGACCGUUCACCACGGCAGAAGAGAAGAUAUAGCUUUAGUGACCGUGUGACUGUUGCCUUUUCCAAGUCCAAAAACUACCUUCUUGGCUCUGACAAUGGUUUGCUGCUAACAGAUGAUCAUGGGGACAGGAACGUCGAACUUGACCAGGGGCAACUCUGUGAAAACCAGCUUGACAAAGAUGUAGAACAGGAGGGCAGCGGUAUGGGAGAAUGCGGGAGAACUGCUCGAAGGACAUGGGAUUCUAAAGAAUACCAUUCGCUUACUUUUCAAAAUGCGAAUAUUACUUUCAUUGACGAGGAAAACUUUCUUGGCAAUAAUCUAGAGGAGGAUGACGAUGAUUCCAAAGCGAAACUAUCGAUAACUACAUGUGAUGAAAACAUUGAAACCGUCUCCAAGGAUGAACAGAGUUCUGAGUCCGAUGUCUCAGUUUUUACCAGUGACGUUUCAGAACACAGCCACUCAUAUGAGACCCUUGUAGAGGAGUAUGCAAAGGAAGACAACACGGAACCUUAGUUGCUGUGCACUCAGUUAACACUGCCUGUUUUGAAGGGUGAUGCUUUUGUAAGUUGUUUGAAUGUGAACUGAAAAGACUUGUAAUCCCUUUGCACUGCUGGGUUAGGAAAAGGAUAAAUGUUGGGCCAAGUGAAUGUUCUUUGCCUUCAAAUGAAUGUUUGGAUUUUUUUCUUGAAACAAAUGAAAAUUCCCUGUCAUUUUGGAUAAGAAGCCAUUUUAUAUCCUCAGUCGAUAUUGACUCGAGGCUUCACCUGCUCAAAUUUUAUGUAGUUACUGUAUGUAAGAGAUAGUCAUCAGGGAUUGCUUAUCCAAAUUCUGCACAAAUCUGUUCCUCACCAUUUCUUGUAAAUAAUUCUGUAUAUGUUCAAACAUAUUAGCUCUCACAUACGCCAUAUUGGCGUUUUUAAAAUAUUUAAAAUAAUAGGCGUUGUAGUUGUCUAGUAGUCUGUAGCUACGUGAGUGUCUCUUGCACAAUGCCAUGAAAUGAGCACAGAGCAAAGUCCUUUCCAGUGCAGAUGUUUUAUCUUAACCUGAGCCAAACCCUUUUUGUUCUCCCUGUUGUCUCGUUUUCUGAGUCUGAUAAAUAGUCUGAGAUUUUUUUUUUUUUUUGACUGUACAUAUCAGCCUUUGUGAAGGGUUCAUCAUUGAGUGAUAUAGGCCUGCUGUAAACCACGGCAAAUCUGUAAGGAACAUAAUUGACUACGUUAUUGUUUUUGUGGUGCUAAAGAUGGUAAAUAUGAAUGAAAAAUGAACAGUGUUUUUUUUCCUGCAGACUCCCUUUUACUAUGUUGUAUUUGUCGAGUAAAUAUUGCUUGAAAGCCCAUCGACAGCCACAAACACCUCAGCUGAGGACAUGGCCUUGCUACUUGUUUGCUUUUGGGGGCUCGCACUGACACAAAUGACUUUAGCACUGCAAACGACUGCCAGCUAUGUUAACACGCUGCAGAUCGAUACUCUCAUGACGUGUGUGUGUGUGUGUGUGUGUGUCAGAAAGUCCUAUCCGAUGCCUUUAUUUGCUCACCUCCUGCCUUUUGCACAUGCACUUGAGCACACAAUCUCGAGUGUUAUUUAAAAUAAGAAGAUGCCAGCGAUCAGUGCCACACAGUGAUGUGAAUUUUUAAUUCCAAGUCAUUUUAUGUUACUAGAUUGUAAAUAUCCGGUAAUAGAAUACUUAUUUGUAGCACAUGAAUCACCUUCUGCCUUAUGGACUGCCUUAAAUCCACUGCAAAGCAGAGGAAAUAAAUUACAAUGCUGAAAUUGCAUCGUUUCACACUGGGUGUUCUUAUACAUUUCUACUUUUAGCUCCCACCAUUUUUGGUAUUUUGUCACAUAAUUUGUACAUUUCCGUCAUAAUUAUGAUGGAUUAUCGGUAUGCAGUCCUGGUACGUGUCAAACAUGUCCUACGAUUAUUUACUUGUAAUCGGUUAACCCAUUGUCCAUUGUUCUCUUAAUAACGCUCUGUUAUGUAAAAACUCCAAUUUGUUUGUGUUAGUUAACUUUUUUAUGCCUAAAUUAUUGUUUGUAUAUGAAUUUCAAACACAGAUGUAUAUUUCAUGUAAAAUAAA